GAAGGUACCUACCAGGGAGGGGAGUACCACGAAAGGCAGCAAAGAAGUGAAAAAAGAGGCCCUUAUCUUGGCUAUCGAAAACUACAAGAGCUAAAAUCUACCGAACCUUCUGAGAUUGCUGUUAGGUUGCUUCAAUACCGCGAAAGCUUUAAAAUGCUCGUGAGUUCCGACGAUAUAAAGGAGGACUGGAUGACACUCCUUAUAGAAAUCCUAGGCAAGAUGUGUGAAACCCAGAUGACGCAGAACUUAAUUGAGGUGAUGUCGAUAUGUAAGGGCUCAGCCUUCAUGCGCACCCAUUUGCCAAAAUACAUUUUAAAUCUUCCAAUGAUUCAAGAGGAAGAGUCUGAAUCUCAGUUCACUUCAAUCCUGGAAUGCCUGGUAGCUUUCUUUAAGGAAUGGCUGAAUCGUUUUCCUCGAUUAUUGUCUGAAGUUCCUAUAGACCAUCUUGGUGGAAGCUUAAAAGAAAUUGAUGUGAAGGAAGUUGAAAAAUUUAGGAAAGAAGUUGAAAUGCUUUUGGCAAGAAGACGGGAACUAAUGGUAGAAGAAAGACGAGAAGCACAGGCUAACAAAGGACCAAAGCCGAAUAAAAGAAGAGAGGUUGAGCAGGCUCCACCGGAUGACUUCAGAGAAAUGUCCAUUUAUCCGAAUGAGAAGGAAAUUCGCUCUGAGGAGAAGCCUUUUCUGCGACGAAAUAAGACCGAAAAGAGCGAGGCGUACAAAGAUCUCAACGAUUAUUUGGAUGUCCAGUUCCGCCUACUUCGCGAAGAUUUUGUCUCCCCACUCAGAGAUGGAAUCAGGGAGAUAACAAAAAAUACUCCAAAGGAAAAACGUUCUCAAAACUUAUACAUUUACGAGAAUGUUGAGAUCAUGGACACGGUUUGUACGAGAGCUGGGAUCGUGCAUUCCAUUCGCCUUGAUAUGAGAAACCUCAGAAGGAUUCCAUGGGAGCAUUCCAAGCGUUUACUGUUUGGGUCAUUCCUUUGCUUGUCAAAGGACAACUUUAAAACUAUGUUAUUUGCGACGGUAGCCAACCGCAAGGCGGAAGAUUUAAAGUUGGGAAGGCUAGAUAUUCGAUUUGUCCACGGUCUUGAAGAAAAUCAAAAACAGCGCGACAAAUAUGUUAUGGUUGAGUCGCCAGCGUAUUUCGAGUCGUAUCGGCCCGUUUUGGAACAACUGAAGAAUAUCACUCCUGAUAAUUUUCCAUUCCAAGAGUACCUGGUCCAUUGCAAUUCUAAUGUGAAAUCUCCCCAGUAUCUAAGAAUUGGAAUAUUGGAACGCCAAGUAAGAUAUGACCUUGAGGAGAUCCUUAAGUUUCAAGAUGGGCGUGGUGGAGGGGUAGUGUCCAUUUGUGAUCCGCAAUCGUGGCCAAAAGGUGAUGAAGUUGACCUAAACGAGUCACAGCUUCAGGCACUGAAAGAUGCUCUUACCAAAGAGUUUUCCGUAAUACAAGGUCCUCCCGGGACAGGUAGGAUUCACUCAACAUUUUUCAGUCAUCUGUUUUACCACACUACCUGGCAUAAUUUUAGUAAUCUACCACGGUUUUGCACAAGCCGUGAAACAACAUACCUACCACUACCACGAGAAUAUGACCUAUGAUUUCAAGUCAAAACCCCCCUUAUGUCCUUGAGAUAAGAGCUCUUUUUUCAUUCUUUGGUUGUGCGUUAAAUUGCAUGCCGUGAUUGGCCGAUACCCAAACAUCGUUCGCUAACACCAGUUUUGAACCAAUUAGAUGCUCCAGCUCAGCCUGAGUCUAUCUGUAGCUCAGUAGUUAGACCAGCUGACUGGUAUUGUGCGAGGUCUUGGCUUUGAACGUUUUGGGGACUCAGUGUUUUCUUUUUUCCAAGCCCUUGACGUAACAAAUAUCACGACCUUCACCCUGUCUUAUUGGUCUUACGUCCUCCUUUUUUCUUUCCAGGUAAAACGUACGUUGGGUUAAAGAUCGUAAGAGCUCUUCUUGACAACAGGCACGAAUGGGAUGCCGAACAAAAAUCAGCCAUGCUGAUGGUUUGCUAUACCAACCACGCACUGGAUCAGUUUCUGGAAGGAGUGCUGAAAUUUCAGCAAACAGGUGUAAUAAGAGUUGGAGGAAGAAGCUCUUCAGAAAUUCUUCAACCAUACAAUCUACAGGAAUACACAACUUUCUCAGAAAAUAAGCGUCGAGUGAAAGUGGAAAUGAUGAAAUGUCAAGACGCCAUCGGGAGAGCAAGUGGAAGACUAGUGCGUAGUAGAGAGACCAUCCUGACCCUGAAAGACCUGGUCCACUUUACAGGAAGAAUACACUUGGAUCAGCUAAGGAUGGAAGAAUGCCGUUUUGGUGCUCAAGGGAAAUCGGUUGUGAAAAGUUGGCUUGGUUUAAAGACUUCCAGCUUUGUUAGUCCUUCCAACGAAAAUGGAGCUACAGACGUUUUACAGGCUGGUUCUCCCAACGAGAGCGUACCCACAGAAUCAUCAUUAAAUGAAAAUGAUACCAAUGUUGACCCUAAUGGGGAGACUGAAGAUGGGAUCGAUGUCGACAAAGACGCUGACAUCAUUCAAAGUCGACGUUUGUUGGGUGAGAACCAGUAUGAGACAAUCGUGGCAUCAAAUUCAACCAAGGCAGAAAUAAAGCAGCCCUCCGGUCUUUCAAAAGAUCAUCUCAAAGUUCUGAGAGGGGAAUCUACGCUUCAACCCAUGCUUCCAUUUCAAGUUGCUGCAGUACAGAACGUUUGGGGCCUUAAGCCAGCGGACCGUUGGAAACUAUAUCUGUUUUGGCUUCGACUUUUCCAGGCUAAUUGCCGAGAUGAGAUAUCAAGAAAAAGUCAAGAAUAUGAAAGCAUCUGUAAGCGGUUUACAGAGGUUCGAGGACUCGAAGAGCUCCACGCGCUGAAAGAGGCUGUUGUGAUAGGCAUGACCACAACUGGUGCAGCUAAAUACAGAAAUCUGCUUGAAACAAUCAAACCAACUGUCGUCAUUGUUGAAGAAGCAGCUGAAGUCCUUGAGGCCCACAUCAUAACAUCGCUGACUAAGGGAACACAACAUUUGAUUCUCAUUGGGGAUCACAAGCAACUGAGGCCAAAUCCGACUGUGUACAGUCUGGCAAGGGAAUACAACCUCGAUGUGUCGUUGUUUGAGAGAAUGGUUAACAGUGGAAUGCGAUGUCAUCAAUUGACCACUCAGCACAGGAUGAGACCCGAGAUCGCAAGGCUCAUGAGAUUUAUCUACGAAGAUCUUCAAGACCAUCAAUCUGUUCAUAAACACGAAGAUGUCAGAGGUGUCUCUAAAAACCUCUUUUUUAUCGAUCAUCGGAUACCCGAAGAUGAAAGUGAAAUGAAUGAGAAGAUUAAGAGUCAUUCAAAUCAACACGAAGCAGAAUACAUUGCAGCGCUGUGUGAGUAUUUCCUUUUGCAAGGGUAUGAGCGUAAUCAGAUUACGGUGUUGACGAUGUACUCUGGUCAAGUUUUGGCCCUGAAGAGGACUAUGCCUAAGAUCAGAUUUGAAGGUGUCAGAGUCACUGCUGUAGACAACUUUCAAGGUGAAGAGAACGAUAUAAUUUUGCUCUCUCUUGUAAGAUGUAACAAGCAAAAGAAUAUCGGUUUUCUGGCAGUGAAGAAUCGUGUCUGCGUUGCUUUGUCGCGUGCACGCCAUGGUCUUUAUUGCAUCGGAAACUUUGCUAUGUUAGCUGAAAAAAGCGAAUUAUGGAAGGACAUUGUCAAAGACAUGAAAAAACAGGGAACCAUAGGAGAGUCUUUGAAAUUGGUUUGUAAAAACCAUCCAGACAGAGUUAUCCAUGCCAAAUGUGCAGACGACUUUAAGAAAGCUCCCGAAGGCGGUUGUAUCCUGCAGUGCAGUUUUCGGCUUCCUUGUGGUCACGUGUGCGAACGGGUUUGUCAUCCUGACGACAGUGAUCAUGCGCUGUACAAGUGCCAGAAGUAUUGUCGUUCUGAACUUUGUUCCGAGCACCAAAGCAAAUGCGAAAGAAAGUGUCAUUUUGGUGAGGAUUGUGCUGGAUGCCCUGUCGAGGUUAAGAAACAGAUCCCAAAAUGUGGACACCAGCAACUUGUUCCAUGUGGAACGCCGGCGGAGACGUUUAAGUGUCAGAUAAAAUGUUUCAAGUUCCUGAUUUGCGGUCACCUUUGUCCAGGAAAAUGCUGGGAAGAAUGCUCGUCUUUCGAGUGUAAAAAUAUAGUUAAAAGGCAGUUUGAAUGCGGGCAUGAAAUUGAAAAGCCCUGUUAUCAGCUAUCGGAAGGCGGUUACCGUUGCGAGGAGCCUUGUCGAGCAACUCUGGAAUGUGAACACCCUUGCGUUGGUAAUUGCAGUGAUUGCCAGCAAGGAAGAAUGCACGUUCCCUGCCAAGCGGACUGUGAAAGAAGGAGGGUAUGUCUUCACCUCUGCGAGGAGCCUUGCACAAAGAAUUGCCCACCCUGUCCAAAGAAGUGUGAAAACCGAUGCUGUCAUAGUAGAUGCCCAAAAACCUGCAUGGAUUUAUGCUCACCUUGUAGGGUUAGUAUGAUAAACGAAACAUUAUCUUAUUUUACUGGGCUUGAACUAGGCUUGAAUCAUGCGACGUACGUAGUCAAAACCGACAUCUGUUUUUAUGGCCUCUUUCCCCCGUCCUCCACGUGUUCUGUGGAAUCACAUGACCUAAAGCUAGGAGAAGGUAUACGCUUUCUAGCUGUCAUUGAUUAUUUAUGAGUUGUCUUGACAACCAAUUUGUCUUCUUCCAUAGGAACCGUGUUCCUGGAGCUGCCAGCAUAAGCAAUGCACAAAGCUUUGUGGUGAGAAGUGUAACCGUGAACGAUGCAAUGAACCAUGUCGUAAAAGAAGGGUCGCAUGCCCUUACAACCACCCAUGUAUCGGGCUGUGUGGGGAGCCUUGUCCCAAGCUGUGUGGAAUUUGCCAUAAAGAAAAAGUUACAGACCUCUUUUUUGGCACCGAAGACGACGAGGAUGCAAGAUUUAUUGAGCUGCUAGACUGUGGUCACGUGUUCGAGGUCACUGCACUGGACUACUGGAUGGAUAAAGAUGGUGAAAACGAAGACAUCAAGUUAAAGGAAUGCCCCAAAUGUAAGACGCCCAUCAGGAUAAGCUACCGGUAUGCUGACAUUGUCAAAGUAAAGCUUGCUGAAGUUGAAGAGGUAAAGAAGCGACUUAUUAAAGAUGAAAGAAAAUUUCAGAGUUUCAAGCAAAAUUUGGAGAGUAAAAGAAGGCGCCUCAUGAGAAAAUAUCCCGAUAUUGCACGCAAGAGGGUGUUUUCUGAAGAAAGUGAAGAACAAGCGCACGAUGGCAAAAGUGCUUACGAGACGCUAGAAUGCUGGCUGCAGCAGAGAAAAACCAUGGCGGAGCUUACCACAAUUAAAAACCAGAUGAAGAUAUUGAAACAAAUAUACAAGGUACGAGAAAAGGUGAAAACUGACCUGCUGCAGAAUACAACCUACGGGGUGCUAAACCCACCCAGUGCUUGUCAGAAUGUUCUUGAGCAAAAGUUUCUCCAAGGAGCAACAGAAGUUGACGGAAAGCUCAAUCAUCUGGAAGUGGAGCUCAUGAAAUUUCAAAUCUCCUCUCAGAGACUUACUGAUAUCAGAGAUGAAGUCAUCUGUGCCAGCCUUCUUCUGAAGAUUCGGGUGGUUCAGUGUGAGGCCGAAAAGCGUUCUAUUGUUCUCGGUUUUGUCAAAAAAAAGUGGUUGGAAAUCCAAGGAAAGCAGCUGAAUGCGGGAACAAGACUCAGUGAUGAAGACGUAGAAGCCAUAGCUGCUAAGAUUAACGGGAUCCGAAAGGAGUGUGGUUUGGAAGGUCUGACGACAGAAGAGAGAAUAAUGAUAGUGAAGGCGAUGAAUUUUUCCCAAGGGCAUUGGUACAAGUGUCCCAGUGGUCACAUCUACGCAAUUGGCGAAUGCGGUGGAGCCAUGGAAGAAAGAAAGUGCCCAGAAUGCAAUGUAAUAAUUGGUGGAACCAAUCACACUUUGGCCCAAGGAAAUGAGGUAGAGUAG